ACGGUUGAUUCAAAUACAGUGUUUUAGUUUCUAAAGGGGAUUUAAAUAUACUUUUUUGAUCAACAAGUUUCUAAUUUCAAAUACAACAAAUGUUCAGACAGAGAAUGAACCUUGUGCUAAAAUGACCACCAGAUGAGAUAAACAUGAGCAGACUGUCAAAGAGUCUUUCUAAAAAACCCCAUCUGUGCCUGUUGUAACUCCAAGUUCACCUUUUUUACUUCCUCUUUUUUGGAUCAGAAAACAUCAUUUCACUCUUUUAUUUUACAUCCAAGGCACUUCACUUCCUUUAAUGGUCACUUCUCUACUGGAAAUACCUGAAACAAAUGUUUUGUCUCCUCUGAACCACAAAGAUGGCUACAGCUCUGGCUCUCUUUCUCUUUGGCUGUUUGCUACAAGGUGCCCUGUGUGGAGAGUUUCAGUCCUUUAUUCCACAAACUAUAGAGGUUCUGAAGGGAUCCUGUGUGACCAUCCCCUGCUCCUUUGACGUAGAGGAUCAAUAUAUAGAAAACUUAGAUAACACAUGUAGAGCAAUAUGGCGGUAUAAGGAGAAUAAUGUUUAUAGUGCAAUGUUUGACAGCAGUAAUCAACAACAAAAUAAAAUAAAAGGAGAACUGAUGGGGGACUUGUUGCAGAAAGACUGCACCACAACACUGAGAGACAUGAAAACUCAGUACAGCGGAAAGUAUCAUUUAAGACUGCAGUGUGAUGACCUGAAAUACAGUUUCCUUGAAUUAGUGGACAUUUCAGUCAAAGAUGAUCCUCACAGACCCACUCUGACCCCGCCCACACUGAAGGUGAAGGAGGGAACCUCAGUGAGUCUGGAGUGCUCUGCUCCAGCUACCUGUCUGUCCCUUCCUCCAAGCUUGAUUUGGACAUCUGGUCUGGGUAAAGCUCAGGAGAUACUGCAGGACAACAAGGACAAAACAAAAGUCAAAAUCUCAGUGUUGAACUUCACAGCAUCACACCUCCAUGAUGGACAGGAAAUCUCCUGCACUGCUGUCUACAGCAAACAAAAUGGCAGCACUGAGUCAUCUGUGAACACCAGUUUAACAGCUGAGAUUACAUAUUCACCCAAAGACACCACAGUGUCAGUCAGUCCCUCUGGUCCAGUACAAGACGGCAGCAUUGUGACUCUGACAUGCAGCAGCAGAGCCAACCCAGCUGUAAAGAAAUACACCUGGUACAGAGCAGAUAAAGGGGACACUUUAGUGGAGACUGGAGCUGUUUUAAACAUUACAGCUUCCAAGGAAAGUGGUCCUUUUUUCUGCCAGGCUGAAAAUGAAGUGGGAGCUGGACGAUCCCAAAACAAACAAAUUAUUAUUGAAGGUCUUGGGCAUUGUGGACCAGAUAGCAGAGUUCUUGCCUGGGUUGUUGCUGGAGUGUCUCUCACUGUAAACAUCAUCUUCAUUGUCUGCAUGGUGUUCCUUUGGAGACAAAGAAAGAAUGUGAAGCCAAAAGAAGAGGACGAUACAUACAUGAAUAUUGAUGGCAGUAACAAAUCUCCAGACUAUGAUGUCAUUCACAAACGUCACACCUGAUCCUGUGAAUGCUUACUCCCAAUACUGGCCACAGCAUCAUCUCUGUAAAUUAACUUUCCUUCUUUGAAAAUUUUCAUUGGUGCCUGUAACGGUCACCGCAACACCGGCAUAGCAACACUGUCAUCCAUACUCUCAUUUCUUUAGUUUCAUUCAUUUAUUUUGUAGUCAACCACACAAACACCUAACAUACUUGUUUUGAUAUUUAAUAAAACUAUUCAGGCUUUUGUUUUACAUUGUUUAAAUUUUAUGCACACAGUUUAUAUUCUUAUUUCUGAUGUAAUAAUGAUUAUUCCUUCCUCUUACGUUGUCUGGAUGUAGGGGGUGAGAACUUUCUUGCUGGAGCUAAAAGGCCAAGGGCAGUUCCUAUAUGAAGUAUUUACCCACUUGGAUGUUUUACCCUUUUAUUGAAUUUAUAAAUUAAUCAUAAUAUAAUUUGGCUUUUUUUUUUACAACAAAAAUACAAAAAAAAAAAACCCUCUUCAAUGUCAAAGUGAAAACAGAGUUCCACAAGGUAAUGUCAAUUAAAUAAAAAAAAAUGCCAUGCAAAAUAUUUAGAAUGCAGUAGAUGCUCCUUUCAGUGAAUCACAGCACUGAGUCUGUGUGGAUAGGUCUCAGUUACGCUUGCACAUCAGGACACUGCAGUUUUACUCCAUUCCUCUUUGCAAAACUGGUCUAACUCUGUCGGCAAUCGGGCUGAAAAGACCUUUUCAAGUCCAGCCACAAAUUCUCUACUGCAUUGAGGUCUGGGCUUUGACUCGGCUCCUCCAGAACAUUCA